GUAAAACCAUGCUCAGUAACGUGUAACUCCGAGAUCGUUCCGUAUGUGUUGUGUCGGUCGAUAUACUUCGCCGGGAGGACAUCUAGAUUCGUGGUCGUGGACCCAUUUUCGAUUUCUAUCGUGUGCAUAAAGGGGACGGGACAUCUGGUCUGAAAGUGAUUGUGCCCGGGAGUACAAUAGGGUGUGUCGAAACCAAACCUGACCUAGUGGAUAUUGAUCGUUUCAAUAGAACCAACAGCACUCGAGGAUUACCAGCGGCCGUCACUCGCUGUGAGUUAGAAAAGAAACAGGCAAACGGAGUGUGAAGCAAUCAUGAUUGGAUUCAAAUUGCUUGUGGUGGCGUGUCUAGUGGGGAUCACAUUAGCCCAGCAGGACUACCAGCAAGAGUACCGGCCAGCCCCGCUGCGGAUCGGCACCAAUGCAGCAGAACCAAAGCCAACGCCGAUCCCGAUUCUCAAGCAGAUCAACAGACACAACGAAGAUGGGUCCUACACGUACGGUUACGAAGGCGCCGAUGGUUCUUUUAAAAUUGAAACUAAAUUGGCCACCGGUGAAGUAAAAGGCAAAUAUGGAUACGUCGACGAAGCCGGCAAGGUAAAGGUUGUCGAAUAUGGAGCAAACAAAUACGGAUUCCAGCCAUCCGGGGAAGGAAUCACAGUCCCGCCACCAACUCUAGUCGAUGAGACCACCAAUAAAGAUGCCCUACUGGAUUACGAGGAAAAUCUUCCUGCUCCACGACCACAGAAGCUUCGUCCAUCGAAACCACGAGUGCAGGAAGCUCCACAGCAUCGUCCACAGCCCCAGCCACAACCACAGUACUACGACUACGAAGAAGAGCAGCAGCAUGCCCAGCCACAGCAUCAGCCUCAACAAAACUUCCAGCAUCAGGCUCAACAAAACUUCCAGCAUCAGCCACAACAAAACUUCCAGCCUCAACCACAAGCAAGAUUCCAGUCACACCCUCAGCAGCCACAAUUCCAAUAUACGCAGAAUUCUAACUUCGGCUCGGCUACUGGUCCCGUUCCUCCACGCCCCCAGAUCGCAAAUGCCGUCCCAAUUGAUGUAGUUUACUCGCCCAAGCAACGCCCCGCUCGUCCAGAACCCGAUUACGACACCCGACCACAGACCUUCCCAAAUGUUGCACCAGCAACAGAGCCUAAGAUCCGCUAUUCGGCACCGGCAUUCGCUGCCGCUGCGCCAGCACCGCUUCCAAAGUCCAAUCCUGCACCUCAACCUGCCUACGCACCACAGCCACAUCCUGCUCCAGCUGUCUACCAGCCACGACCAGCUCAAGGGCGUAGCACUAGCAUUCUAGAUCAGCUGGCCAAGGAUUACGCCCUGCCACAGGGUGGAUCUGCUGCACUGCAUGAUAUCUCAUUCGGUUACUACUGAGAUUUUUUGUAACGACGAGUUGAGAGAGAAAUUGUAGCUGUCUUUGCUUUCGCCAG